AUGCAGCCGCCGCGCUCACCGGUUUCUCGAGAGCCUCUGAGGCCCGACGAGCUGGUGAUCGUCGUGAUCGCCCACAACCGCCCAGACUGUCUGGAAAGAUGUCUCGCUGGCCUCGCCCAGCUCGACGAGAUCCAGAACUUUCGCAUUGCCGUGUCCCUGGAUGACGCAUCGUCUUUCGGCAACAUGGAAGCAGCAGUGCGGAAAGCCGCGCCCAAUUUGAAGGUCGAUGUCUGGCACAAGAGCAAGAUUGCAGGGGAUCGUGCCCCACUGCAAUCAAAAACUGCAGUUUCUAAGAUCUCCGAGCACUUUCGAUUCGCCUUGGCGGAGAGCUUCGAACGGCAGCAGUUUGAGUUCGCGAUCUUUUUGGAGAACGACCUGCUGGUUUCUCCUGAUUUCCUGUGGCUUUUCCGAGCCGCAGCCUGGUUGCUCCUGGAAGAUCCGACUCUGUUCUGCGUCUCGGCCUGGAAUGACAACGGAUUUCCUGGCUUGGUCUCCAACGAGUCUAAGCUGUUUCGUACUGACUACUUCCCCGGCCUGGGAUGGAUGAUUCACAAGUCCACAUGGCUUGGUUUGCUGAAGGAGGAGUGGCCGCGAUUCCCGAGCACAGGCUGGGACCACUGGCUGAGGCAUGGCUCUGGUCUGUAUCCUCGAGAGUGCAUCGUGCCAGAAGUAUCCAGGACCCACCACUUUGACACCCGUGGCACCAACGUCAAGGCCGGCACUCCGCUGGCCAAGAAGUUGAACGGGAUGCCCUCCAGCCGGCUGCAGCCUAAAGGCUUGGGCGAUCUGGGGUACUUGCUACAAGACUCCUACGAGGCUGAGAUACGCCAGAGUUUGCACCAGGCAGAGGUGAUCGGCCCAGACCGUCUUAUGGCACUCAAUCCUCACAAGGCAUACGUGCUGCCAUAUUUCCGCCGAGAUUACAAGAAACUUGCUCAGAAACUACAAUUGACAGAGGCCCAACCUCGAGCUGCACAUCGCGGUGUGAUCUCCACUAGGGAUCCGACUAGUGGCGCACGAGUCUACUUGGCAGAUCGCAUGAAAAGUCAGGGAUUGCUCCCAGACGCCGAGCGCGCCGAGCCGCACCUCCUGCGCCGCAUUGACAAGGCGCAGCCGGGUGAAUCUUGCGCCAACAUGUGCGCACGGAUGGGAAUGCACUGUGCCGACCUGGAGUUGGAGUUCAUCAACAAUUGCGCCGCCCUGAAGCGUUUUUUUCCUUGUGAGGAAGGUUGCGGACAUCAGGUGGGGCAGGAGAUUCCUUGCUAUGUUCACGACAUCAGCAAAGACACCGGCAAGCAGUGCCUGGUCACGGAUGAUGCGAUCUCUGUCUGUACAGCCAGCAAUGCCGCCACGUCGCGACUCUGCGCUUGUGUACCUCUUUGA